CUUGCUAACUGCUUUAUGCCAAUAUCUUAUAUUAAGGUAACUCUGCCGGCUAAACACAUAUCCGUUUCCUACGCUCGAGGCGUAUCAUCCCUUUGGAAGCUCUCUGACAGAUCUGAUCCCGAAAAUUUGACGAUUAAAAACAUGCAUCCUUUGCCAUCACAUUCUACAACUACCCAUGAGCAAAUAAGAGUUCUAACUGUGAACAAUGGAGAACAUUUAGAUGGGAUAUUAUACAGAUUAAAGAAAGGUUGGAUAGUUGAGUUUCGACUUGGAGCUUCCCUUCUUGGAAAAACACUUGAUGUUUUUAUAAAUCAUCCAUUAUCGACCGAUAAAAAAUUCGAGAGGCAUACUUACUAUCAAUUGAAAUGGAUUGACGAGUCGGCGAGCAUACAUUUAACUUUGUCAGGGUCAUUCCAUUAUUAUGUCACUGACCAAGUCGAAGGGAAUAUAAAACCUGUUGCGUCUGGGUACUUGCUGGUAGAUCCUGAGUUGAAAAUAGGUGAACAUGGCGAGAAGUUACCUCUAGAUUGUAUUCAAAUCCAAACAGUUCUAGCAAAGAGUUUAGGACCAUUUUGUACAUGGGAAAGUAAAUUACUGGUAGCACGAAAUUCUGGAUAUAACGCAAUUCAUUUUACACCGAUUCAGGAAUUAGGACGUUCUAAAUCGUCGUACAGCCUGAAGGAUCAAGCAAAGCUUAAUCCCGCUUUUAAUGAUAACAAUAAGAUAAUUACUUAUCACGAUAUCGAAACAUUUGCAAAUAAAAUGCGUAAUGAAUGGGAGAUGUUGAGCAUCUGUGAUAUUGUUCUAAAUCACACGGCGAAUGAGAGUCCUUUCCUGGUUUCUCACCCGGAGUGCACGUACAACUGCAUUAACAGUCCUCAUUUACGUCCAGCAUAUAUCUUAGAUGCAGCAUUAUUUGAAUUAACAACUCAGGUAGCUUCUGGAGAAUGGGAAUUUAAAGGUAUUCCUACUGUAAUUGACACCGAGGAUCAUUUGAACGCGAUUCGACAUGCUCUCCACACACAUUUCUUGCCACUAGUGAAAAUACAUGAGAUGUACACCAUCGAUGUCAAUGAAAUUGUAGCGGAAUUCUUAAAUUCAGCGCGCAAUGAGAUGCCACAAGACGUGAAUAAUACAACAACCAAAGACAUUACGGUGAUUCAAGAUCCUGCAUUUCGUAGAUUAAAAUCAACCAUAGAUAUGCAGCUUGCUCUGAAGAAGUAUAAUACAUAUAGAGCUGAUUGUUUUGACGAGGAAACUCGCCUGAAACGAUGUGCAGAGGACUUGAAAAAUAAAUUACAAGAACUCAAUACAGUUAUUAUCAACAAUAUGCAAAAUCAUCUAAAUGCUGCUGUUGAAAAUAGUAUUGCUGGCAUGAAAUAUUUUAGAGUGCAAUCCGAUGGUCCACGAAUUAAGGAAAUUAAUGAAAAAAAUCCUCUCGUUCCCAGAUACUUUACCGAUUACGGAGCACCUGAAUCUUUAAUAGAAAGAGAAAGCAUAAUGUAUUCAGAUAAUGGAUGUUAUCUUAUGGCUCACAAUGGAUGGGUUAUGAAUGGCGAUCCCUUGAAAAAUUUCGCGGAGCCUGAUUCUAAUGUGUACAUUCGAAGAGAACUCAUCGCUUGGGGAGACAGCGUAAAACUGAGAUAUGGGCAGAAACCAGAGGAUUGUCCUUUCUUAUGGCAGCACAUGGUGACCUAUGUAGAACAAACGGCGCAGAUAUUCGAUGGUAUUCGAUUAGACAAUUGCCAUUCCACGCCGAUCCCUGUCGCUGAGUAUAUGCUGGACGCUGCACGACAAAUUCGUCCAGAUCUCUAUGUUGUCGCAGAAUUGUUUACCGACUCCGAUCAAAAAGACAAUAUCUUUGUGAAUCGUCUUGGCAUCACAUCUUUAAUAAGAGAAGCUAUGUCUGCUUGGGAUAGCCAUGAACAAGGAAGAUUAGUAUAUCGAUCAUGGGUGACUCAUGAUAAUCCUAGUCCAGUAGAGAAACGAAGUACUUUUGAUCUACUCCCUAGCGCAGCGCUCGUAUCGAUGGCGUGCUGUGCUAGUGGUAGUAAUCGCGGAUACGACGAAUUGGUGCCUCAUCACAUACACGUGGUAGAUGAGAAAAGGCAGUACACUUCAUGGAUAGACGAUGAUUCGAUAAACAAUGUUAAGUUUAUUAAUUCGAAAACUGGUAUAAUUGCAGCUAAAAAGACAUUGAACGAUCUACAUUACAUGCUUGGUCAACAAAAAUUUUCACAAGUAUUUGUCGAUCAAAUGGAUACUGAUAUAGUGGCCGUAACAAGACACUCACCGACUACUCACGAAAGUGUAGUCUUGGUCGCAUUCACAGCAUUUAAACAUCCAGACUCUAACGCUCAUGAUCUGAGAAAGCACGUAAGACCACUUAGAGUGGAGGGUAUAGUGGAAGAAAUUAUUUUAGAAGGGUCACUUUCGCACAUUGAUGCCAAAAAUGGUAAACCACUUUUUCUUUUGCCUGAGAGAUAUACAAUGGACGAAAAUAUUAUAAAUGGAUUGUCCGAAUAUUCAUUGAGCCUUAAACAGCACAUACAGUGUUGCGAUUCCACGAUGAUCGAGAAGACCGAUUCCGGCGAUCCUAAAAUCACGCAGCUUAAUUUCAUCAACUUCCAACCCGGUUCCGUUAUAGCUAUACGUGUGGCUCUUCACGCGAAUAUAGUACCUGCUUUAAUGAAACUCCAAAAUACUAUCUCGCAGAUUACUUCAAAUGAAAAAUCAGAAUUACAUAAUAUAGUUUCCGGCAUGGACUUCUCGGAUUUAAAUAAAACGUUAUAUAGAUGUGAUCAAGAGGAACGAGAGGAAACUCAGGGCAAAUUUGGGGUAUAUAAUGUGCCAGGAUACGGACCUCUUGUAUAUGCUGGACUGCAAGGCAUUAUAUCUUUAUUGGCUGAUAUUCGUCCAAAUAACGAUCUAGGACAUCCCCUGUGUGUUAAUCUUAGACAGGGUAACUGGUUAAUAGAUUACGUGUGGCAACGUCUAAAAGAGGAUGACGACACUGAACCUCUUGGAAUUUGGCUUGAACAAGCCCUAGAACCGUUUAAAUUAAUCCCGAGAUAUCUUGUGCCGAGUUACUUUGACGUUAUAAUUGUGAACGUUUAUAGGAUUCUUUUAGAUCACUGCAACAGUUUAAUGUCAGACUUUGUUAAGAACGGAACUACAUUUGUUAAAUUACUGAGUUUGGUUUCGAUUCAAAUGGGUGGUGUGGUAAGAUCAUCGCAAUUGCCAAAUUUAUCGCCGGAUCUUAAUCCACCUAAGCCAAAAACUAAAAUUCACGACGGAGUGACAGAGCAAGUGUGUUUAACGUUAUCAGCGGGCUUACCGCAUUUCACAACGGGUUACACAAGAAAUUGGGGUAGGGAUACUUUCAUUGCUAUAAGAGGGCUGUUACUUUUGACUGACAGGCAUGUCGAAGCAAGAUUCAUAAUUCUUGGAUUCGCCAGUACUUUACGACACGGCCUGAUACCCAAUCUGCUCGAUAAAGGAAGUAAUGCGAGAUACAAUUGCCGCGAUGCUUUAUGGUGGUGGCUCUAUACGAUUAAAUGUUACAUCAAGGAAGUGCCGAAUGGUUUGGAUAUUCUAUCCGAUAAAGUUUCAAGAUUGUUCCCGACUGAUGAUUCACCAGCUUUGGACGCAGGGGAACAUGAUCAGCCAUUAUAUGAAGUAAUUCAGGAAGCUCUCACGGUACAUUUUCAAGGUCUCUGCUUCAGAGAGAGAAACGCCGGGAAACAGAUCGAUGAGCAUAUGACCGAUCGCGGAUUCAACAAUCAGAUCGGUGUUCAUCCUGAAACAGGUUUCGUAUUCGGUGGCAACGAUGUUAAUUGCGGUACCUGGAUGGACAAGAUGGGAUCUUCUGAAAAAGCUGGUAACAAAGGCAAACCGGCUACCCCCAGAGACGGUUCCGCCGUAGAGAUAGUUGGGCUGAGCAAAUGCAUUCUCAGUUUUCUGGCUGAAUUGUACAAGCAGAAUCUUUUCCCGUACGGUAGUGUUCAACGUAAAAGUCGCGAUGGCCAAACAAUAACUUGGAGUUACAAGCAAUGGGCCGACAGAAUUCAAAUAAAUUUCGAAAAGUACUUUUACGUAAAUGAGAUUCCGACACAGGACGAGUCGAAACCCAAUUUGAUCCAUCGACGAGGUAUAUUCAAAGACAGUCACGGAGCGACGCAAGACUGGGCGGAUUAUCAGUUGCGGCCUAACUUUCCCAUUGCGAUGGUCGUUGCUCCGGAACUGUUUAAUCCUCAUCAUGCCUGGACAGCACUGAAAAAAGCGGAGGAGAUACUACUUGGCCCGCUAGGAAUGAAGACGUUAGAUCCUGCGGAUUGGGCAUAUAAUGGAUAUUAUGACAAUUCCAAUGACAGUACCGAUACUAAGACAGCACAUGGAUGGAAUUAUCAUCAAGGGCCUGAAUGGAUCUGGCCGAUAGGAUAUUUCCUACGAGCACGUUUGCACUUUGCGUUAUUAAUCGACGAUGAAAACGAAUUACACCAUGUGAUUGAAUCGACUGAAAGCAUUAUUUCUCGGCAUUUUAUCGAAGUGUCCACCAACCAUUGGAGAGGCCUUCCCGAGCUUACCAACAAGGACGGAAGUUACUGCUCAGAUAGUUGUCGCACUCAAGCUUGGAGUGCUUCAGUUAUAUUAGAGGUACUCUACGAUUUACAAAAGAUCAAACAGGAAUUGCGAUCCGAGCGACUGCAUCUAGAGCAAUUAAAAUUAGAGACGAGACGUAGUGACACCAUGAACAGAGCGGAUGACACGAAUAUGAGCUUUUCCACUGAAGCAAUAAUGACAUCGCACACACCAGAAACACACGCAUAUCAUAUCCCGCACGUAGAUGUAACGAACACGCAAAUCUGCAAAUAUGUAGUCGCUGCUGAUAAUACAUCCACAAAAAACGAUAUUCUGAUUGCCACCGAGGAAGGAUCGAUCUCUGCGAUUGAUAGGAAACGCGAUUGUACAAAUUUUGGUAACUCGUCCGAUUCGAGAAAGAUUCCAUUAGAUGCGAAAAAUGAGGUACAUCUUGAUAAUCAACGUAAAGCUGAGAAUUACAAUCGACAACAGGUGAUGAUUGGAAACCACGAAACUACUGUUCGAGACCUAUCGAAUGUCGAUCAUGUUUACGAGGAAGUUAAAGCGAUUAAACAGCCACGCAAUAGUUUAUAUGAGUACGACAUUCAAGAUUACUACGAGAAAUAUAGCCCCGCUACAGCGAAGACCUUGAUAGAUACGCUUUUCUUGUCGCGACAUACAAUUUGCAAGGAGUGCGCGAGAACAAAGAGCAGCCCAGUGUACACCGAUCGUUUGAUAUAUACAAAAGAGUCGUUGCUCGCCAUAGAAGUAGUUCUGUGUCAAUAUGACAAUAUAUCAUGCUUCAAGUAUCCGCACGAGAAUUCCGAGGAUAUUUUCUGCUCGCAAUACGAUCAAAAUAGAGAUUAUAUGCUAGUCUACAAUUACACGAAGACUAACGUCGCAGGUAUAUUCUAUUUUCAUUGCUGGCCUCGAGACAUCUUCGAUCUGCAAUCGCUGUUGAAGCCGAGCAUCCAUGUUGUAAAUCGCACUUGCUGCAAUCUUGUAGUAAAUACUCACUUGUAUCAUCGCUGCAUAAAUAACUAUCACGUGAGAAUAUCGAGAGCCGGCUGCACACCCAUGACGUUUUAUCGUGAUUAUGGCACUCUAAUAAACAGCACGAAACACAUUAGCCACAACGAUUCACAGGAUCCACCGAUUUAUCAGGUACGCCGAUCGAAGGGUGACCACACCGACGAAUACCGGGGAAACCGAUUGAGCUUGUUGCUGCUGGAACCGUUACUGCUAAUGCCGGAAUCGGCGGAUUCUGAACGCCGAGAAAACACUAAGAAUAGGAUUUCGCGGUCAGAACACGCAAAAAUUAUCAAAAUAAUAAUGAUCUAUGCAUUAUCAUUUCUUAUUCUUACGGGCAUUACAUUUUACAUCGUUUAUUUUACCUAGAGUGGCUGAAUUGUUAAAUUUAUGAUGAGAUAUUUAGGAAAACUUAAUCACAUUCGAAUAUUACGUGAUACAUUUAUUGUCAUUAAUUUUACGUUACAUUUGUUACGAAGUGUUGUCGCCAAAAUAUUUAACGGAAUGAUUAAGAUCGCAUGUAUGCAUGAUUUAUAUUUUAUCGUUAUAUAUGUAUAUAUUUUAUAUUCAUUAUUAAUGGGCUAAUUUCGUCAAUUAAUUAAUGACAAGAAAUUGUUUUGUGGUAUACAAAUUGUUAAAUCUACAUCACUAUGAGCGAAUCGUUUUCACUUCUAUCAAAUUACACGCGUAACAGAUAUACAAUAUUUUAACAAGCUCGCAUAUAAUUCAUAAAUA